AUGUCAGUAUCUGGAAAGAAAGAGUUUGAUGUGAAGCAGAUCCUGAGGCUCCGCUGGAGGUGGUUCAGUCACCCCUCGCAAGGCUCCACAGGCACGGGGGGCUGCCAUCAGCAGGGAGGAUAUGAGCACAGAGGGACACCGGUUCAGAACAGGUUGAAGAACCACGCUCGGGACAGAAAUGGGCUGAAGAAAAACAGCAGUCCUGUCCACCACAAUAUACUGGCACCUGUGCCAGGUCCAACCCCAGUGUACCACCGAUCUAUUCAAACCUGGCAUCAACAAAAUCUCAUAGAACAGCUUCGAUCAAAUGAGGAUAUUCCCAAAACAAGCACAGAGGAAAACAGUGUCAAAGAAGAUUCAAGUAAAACCACGCAGGAGUUGCAGAUGAUCACAGAAGAAAAUUCAGAUGAAUCUGCAGAGAGGCUGUCAACGACCAGCAGCUCACUGCUUGGAAUGAACACCAAUGGCUCAGAUGAGUAUUUCCAGUCUACAAACCAUGCAGAGCAAACUUUCCGCAAAAUGGAAAAUUAUCUGCAGCAGAAGCAGCUUUGUGAUGUUCUUCUCCUAGUUGGUGACCAAAAGAUUCCAGCUCACAGGUUGGUUCUCAGUGCGGUGUCUGAUUAUUUUGCUGCAAUGUUUACUAAUGAUGUACGUGAAGCAAAACAAGAGGAGAUCAAGAUGGAGGGAGUAGACCCUGAUGCACUGAAAGCUUUGGUGCGCUAUGCCUACACAGGUAUUCUAGAGUUAAAGGAAGACACUAUAGAAAGUUUGCUAGCUGCUGCUUGUCUUCUCCAGCUAUCCCAGGUUAUUGAGGUAUGCUGCAACUUCCUCAUGAAGCAGCUCCAUCCUUCCAACUGCCUGGGGAUCCGCUCUUUUGGAGAUGCUCAGGGCUGCACAGAGCUCCUGAAGGUGGCACACACAUACACUAUGGAACACUUCACAGAAGUAAUAAAAAACCAGGAAUUUCUUUUGCUCCCUGCCAAUGAAAUUGCAAAGCUCUUGUCUAGCGAUGACAUCAAUGUUCCAGAUGAAGAAGCCAUAUUCCAGGCGUUAAUGAUGUGGGUGAGGCACGAUUUGCAAAACCGGCAACGAGAUUUAGGAAUGCUUCUGUCUUAUAUCAGACUGCCUCUACUUCCACCCCAGUUACUAGCCGACCUAGAAAAUAGUCCAAUGUUUGCAGAUGACCUAGAGUGUCAGAAACUUCUUAUGGAGGCUAUGAAGUACCAUCUUCUACCAGAAAGGCGGUCAAUGAUGCAGAGUCCUCGAACUAAGCCUAGAAAAUCUACAGUGGGUGCACUUUAUGCUGUAGGAGGUAUGGAUGCCACUAAAGGUACCACUACAAUUGAAAAAUAUGACCUUAGAACUAACAGUUGGAUACAGAUUGGUACUAUGAAUGGUAGACGAUUACAGUUCGGAGUGGCAGUAAUUGACAACAAGCUCUACAUCGUGGGAGGAAGAGAUGGACUGAAAACUUCUAAUAUUGUUGAAUGCUUCAACCCUAUCACCAAAGCUUGGACUAUAAUGCCUCCUAUGUCAACACACAGACAUGGCCUAGGAGUAGCAAUGCUUGAAGGACCAAUGUAUGCUGUUGGUGGCCAUGAUGGAUGGAGUUACCUUAAUACUGUGGAAAGAUGGGACCCACAGGCACGGCAAUGGAAUUAUGUUGCUAGCAUGUCAACCCCUAGAAGCACCGUAGGGGUUGCAGCAUUAAAUAGCAAACUGUAUGCUGUUGGUGGACGAGAUGGCAGCUCCUGCUUAAAAUCAAUGGAAUGUUUUGAUCCACACACAAACAAGUGGAGUAUAUGUGCUUCAAUGUCCAAGAGAAGAGGUGGUGUUGGUGUUGCAACCUACAAUGGGUUUUUAUAUGCUGUGGGAGGUCACGAUGCACCUGCUUCCAACCACUGCUCUCGACUUUCCGAUUGUGUAGAAAGGUAUGAUCCUAAAACAGAUGCUUGGACAACAGUGGCCCCAUUGAGUGUACCUCGGGAUGCUGUGGGAAUUUGUCCCCUUGGGGACAGAUUAUAUGCUGUUGGGGGCUAUGAUGGCCAUACGUAUCUGGAUACUGUGGAGUCCUAUGAUGCUCAAAAUAACGAGUGGACAGAGGAAGUUCCUGUCAAUAUUGGAAGGGCUGGAGCAUGUGUUGUUGUUGUGAAGUUGCCCUGAGGACUAUAAAUAUUGCGAAACUUAACUGCGUGGAGUUUUGUUAAGACUAAGUCAGGAAA